UCUUGUUUCAGCAUUCUGUGGACCAUUUUUCAGAGGGAAUUCUGCUUGUGAAUAUGCUUGAGAGAAAAAGGGGCUAAUCCCUUGCAAGACAUCCCCAACCAUGAAUGGUUUCCAGAAGGAAAACUGGGUAAGAAGACUGACUUUUUGGGUCGCCUGUACCUGAAGAUUGCUUGAUAGAAGCUUCUAAAAAGGUUUUUGAGUCAUGAUGCAAGAAUCUGGAACUGAGACAAAAAGUAACGGUUCAGCCCUUCAGAAUGGAGCAAGCACUGGCAACCCCUUACUAGAUUGCACCCUACGUGAAGUAAGACCAAACGGAGAGACACCUUCGGUGGAAAUCGGUGCUGCGGAUCUUGCCCAUCUUCAGCAACAGCAGGCUCUUCAGGUAGCAAGACAACUUCUGUUACAGCAACAGCAGCAGCAGCAGCAACAACAACAACAAGUUAGUGGGCUAAAGUCUCCCAAGAGGAAUGACAAACAGCCAGCCCUUCAGGUUCCAGUAUCGGUGGCUAUGAUGACACCUCAAGUUAUCACUCCCCAGCAAAUGCAGCAGAUCCUCCAACAGCAAGUGCUAACUCCACAGCAACUUCAGGUCCUGCUCCAGCAGCAGCAGGCACUCAUGCUUCAACAGCAGCAGCUUCAAGAAUUUUAUAAGAAACAGCAGGAACAGUUGCAGCUUCAACUUCUACAGCAACAACAUGCUGGAAAACAACCUAAAGAGCCGCAGCAGCAACAGGUAACUUCACAACAGUUGGCCUUCCAGCAGCAGCUUCUGCAGAUGCAGCAACUGCAACAGCAACACCUCUUGUCUUUGCAACGUCAAGGUUUGCUAACAAUUCAGCCGGGCCAGCCUGCUUUGCCACUGCAGCCUCUUGCUCAAGGCAUGAUUCCAACUGAACUGCAGCAACUCUGGAAAGAAGUGACAGGAUCUCACACAGCAGAGGAAGCAGCCAGCAACAACCACAGCAGCCUGGACCUGUCCGCCACAUGUAUCUCCUCCUCAGCCUCUUCAAAGCCCUCCUUAAUAAUAAACCCACAUGCCUCAACCAAUGGACAGUUGUCAGUCCACACUCCUAAAAGGGAGAGUUUAUCCCAUGAAGAGCCCUCUCACAGCCAUCCGCUCUAUGGGCAUGGAGUAUGCAAGUGGCCAGGCUGCGAAGCAGUAUGUGAAGAUUUCCAGUCUUUUCUAAAACAUCUCAACAGUGAGCAUGCGCUGGAUGAUAGAAGUACAGCCCAGUGUAGAGUACAGAUGCAAGUUGUACAACAGUUAGAGUUGCAGCUUGCAAAAGACAAGGAGCGCCUGCAAGCGAUGAUGACACACCUGCAUGUGAAAUCAACUGAACCAAAAGCUACCCCUCAGCCUUUGAAUCUUGUCUCUAAUGUCACGCUUUCAAAGACCGCAUCAGAGGCUUCUCCACAGAGCUUACCUCAUACUCCCACCACCCCGACAGCACCCAUCACUCCUGUUACCCAGGGACAUUCUGUCAUCACUACUACCAGCAUGCACAACGUUGGGCCUAUCCGAAGGCGGUACUCUGAUAAAUACAAUGUGCCCAUCUCCUCAGCAGAUAUUGCGCAGAACCAAGAAUUCUACAAGAAUGCAGAAGUCAGGCCACCCUUUACGUAUGCAUCUUUAAUUAGGCAGGCAAUUCUUGAAUCUCCAGAAAAGCAGCUAACACUAAACGAAAUCUACAACUGGUUCACACGUAUGUUUGCCUACUUCAGACGCAAUGCAGCAACGUGGAAGAAUGCAGUGCGUCAUAAUCUUAGCCUUCACAAGUGUUUUGUGCGAGUAGAAAACGUUAAAGGGGCAGUAUGGACAGUGGAUGAAGUAGAGUUCCAAAAACGAAGGCCACAAAAGAUCAGUGGAAACUCUUCACUUAUUAAAAACAUGCAGACCAGCCACACCUACUGCUCACCUCUCAAUGCUGCUUUACAGGCUUCAAUGGCUGAGAACAGUAUCUCUCUAUACACUACUGCUUCCAUGGGAAACCCCACUCUGGGCAGUUUAGCCAAUGCAAUGCGGGAAGAUCUCAAUGGUGCAAUGGAGCAUGCGAACAGUAAUGGGAGUGACAGCAGUCCAGGCCGUUCCCCUAUGCAAGCAAUACACCCUGUGCAUGUCAAAGAAGAGCCAUUAGAUCCAGAUGAAAACGAAGGCCCACUCUCCUUAGUGACCACAGCCAAUCACAGUCCAGAAUUUGACCACGACAGAGAUUAUGAAGAUGAACAUGUAAAUGAAGACAUUGAAUAAAUAUGUCUGUGACUUUCAUUCUGCAAAUGAAGAUCAUGGGGAGGGACGAAAAAACCUUAUCUUUCAGAAUUAGCUGUGAAAUCUCUCCCCAUCAUUGUACAGUCUGGAAGAUAUACUUGGUCCAUUCUGACAGCUAUAAAAUAUGUUAACACUUAGUGCCAUCAAGUAUCCCAUUUGGGAGUAUUUUUGAUUUUUCUACUUUUUGUUGAAAAACAAAACAAAGGAAUUUGUACUCUGUGCAUUGGAUGGACUUGUUUGGUACUCGGAAUUCCUACUCACAGUCAACAUCAGUGUUGUAAAUGUGUUCCACUAAUUCACUUAUCCACAACUUGGCAGCAGACUUUGGACUGCAGAUCUUCCACUUUGGGACACUGAAGACAUGAAGCUGAGCAUGUACACAUGAAUUGCAGAUCAAGCCUUUACCCAGAUUUUAAGGAUUUCAGUGGACAAUAUAUUUGCACAGUAUCGCAUGUUGAUUAUCACUGCCUUUACUUUUUUUUUUUUUUUUUGCUUCCAUUUGGGAUGGGGAAAUUUUUUUGAGUGUGUGUGCGUGUAUACUAAAGGGUUAAAAGAAAAAAAAAAACCUUUUUUUUUAGUGUAUAGCUUUAAUUUUUUUUUCUCCUAGUUCUCCUAUACCUUUUUAAGUUCUGACCUCAGGCCUCAAUUGGCCAAGGCCUUUUGAGGCUUAAUGUUUUCUGUACUUUUGUGAUGAAUGUUAAUAGGUGUGUUUAUUAUACAAAGCUGAAUGUUCUUUGAAUUGUUUGUAGUUCUUUUUCUGCCAUCCAUUCCAAAUUUCCUUCAGAUGCCAUCAUGUUUUCUUUAGCUAUGGGAAACAUUCCAUUUUGGACUAUAUGCCCCCCACACCUGACUCUGGAAAAAGUUCUAAAAUGCUGCUGUGACCUGUGCAAAGUUAUCUUACAACAGAAAGAAAGACAGUAAUGCAAGAGAAUGAAAGGCAAGCCAGCAUCAAAGCUGUAGAAUGUGGUUCUAAAGUCAUUCCACAGAGCAUGUGUGUGUGUGUGUUUGUGUGUGUGCAUGUGUGUAUAUACACAUGCGCAUAAAACCAUUGUUUGCAGUUUUUUUCAUUGGUUUUUCUUUGUUUGCAGCAAUAGUGAAUAUUUAGAAAGACAUUUCACAGCCCCUUCAGAACAUGCACGCCCUACAGAAGUUGUCAAAAACAAGUGUAACAGUGUAAGGCUUUUAUGCGUUUAACUUUUUAACAUAAAUCUCUGGGCCAAUCAAAUCUUUCUGAAAUAUGUUGGCAUAUGUACUAUUAGAUUCUUAUUUGGCCACAUGCAUCACAGGACAUAGCUCGUGGAAGUCCUUCCAAGUUCAGUUGCUCAAGAUUAAUUGGUGGCAUCCAUCAGUUUGAUUUAAAUUUUUUGCAUUCAAUUUGUUGGGAAGGCAAUAAGGCCCAUUAGUUGUUAAGUGUUAGUAAUUUUGCCAUUGCAGUUAAGAUCAUUACACAAUAUCACACCAACCAGUAUAAAAAAACGAACAGUCUGAAACCUGUGGGCAAACUAGCGCUGUUGCAGAUGACAGUGUUCUUCAAAGCUAAUGUGGGCAGACAGCUGGAGUUAAAAUGUUGGUACCCCUUUAUCACCAAACUUCUAGUGACUUCAUUCUCUAACCACUUUUCAGUAAUUCACUCAUUUAUGUCAGAUUAUAGCUUUUAAUUUCAGAAGCCUUUCUGAUCUUAAUUUAUAUUCUAUUUUGUACCCUUCUCCCCUAAAGUUACCAAAGAUAUUACACAAAGUAAAUUAUGUUCUCUGUUAUAUGCUUUAUCUUAUGAAAGCCAAAUAUCCUCUUAUUGUUGAUCAAAGGAGGUUAAAGAAUUUUGAAGCAAAUGACAAGAUAAUGGGCUACAGCUAACUUGAGAAGGAAAACUGCUCCUUUAUUAAAGUAUAAUUUAGAAGACCAAGUAGAUGGCUGAACCAAAGUUUUUGCUGUUGUCGUUUUAAUUUGUUUUUCUUUACAGUGACCAAAUGUAUUUCUGUAAAGAGAGAGGUUUUUAGGCUGAAGUUAGAGAAUGAUACCGUGAAAAGGGCACCAUUUGAUUCUGAGGAAAUAGGAGGAGAGCUUAUUUUGCCGAAAAAAACUAGAAUGACCUGAAAUGGAGAGAGUUACAUGAAAUACAAAAGAACACUCAUGACUGAAAGUGAACCAUAUCAUAAUUACUGAAGAAAUUGUUGGUAUGCUUUUGUUUGGGGUUUGGCCUAUUCACUUUUGUUAAAAGCCAAUGGCAGGGCAAUUUCUUUUUGACUUUGCUUACCUGUGCCCAAGAUUUGAGAAUGACUGUGGUGGUGGUUGUGUUGGUCUCUGCCCAUCCCUUUUCGUUUUGGGUCAUCUUUUUUAUAUGGUAACACCCCUGUUCCUUUCUAAGCUUUGGUACCGUUCAAGCCAAUGGGAGAUUUGCCAUUAACUUCAACUGGACGUGAAUAGCAAAAAAAAUUUUUGCCAACAGUGAAAUAUACAAAGCUUGCUUUUUUCUGACUUUUUAAAGGAGGGCAGUCUGUAGUCAUUUGAAAUAUUUUGAAGCACACCAUAUUCAGGCAGCUCCAUAAUGUGCAGGCCAUAACCAGAGGGGAUCACAAGACAUAUCUGUCCCUGUGGUUCAAAACUGAGUGGUUUUGCUGGUUAGCUUGGUAUUCAAGAAGGGGAUAAAAAUCUGGUAGAUUAGUUCAUUCUCAGCAUGUGUAGCUAGACAUGAGUAAAGAUAACAGCAUGAGAAACUGUUAGUACGCAUACCUCAGUUCAAACUGUUAGGGAAUGAGUUUAAAAAAAAACACCUACAUUUCACUCAAUUGCACUUAGUUGUAUGUCUUGCAUGCAUAGACUAAAGACUGUAGCAAAAAGAAAAAAGAGAAAAAUUUAAAAAUACUUACCAUACCUUGCAGGUAUCACUGCCCUGCAGAAGAACCAAGAGAAGAUCUCAGGCUUUACAUCAAGCAAACUACGCUAUUUUUUACAAAUUUCUGAUUCUGCGUCCCUUUGGAUCAUAACAAUUGUUCCUUUAGGGUCGGGUUUAUUAUGUUGUACAUAUAUAGCCCAAUGUGUCUGUGAUCCCGUUUUGUCUUUUGGUGGGUGGGGUGGGUUGGCAAGGGAAGAAAAGAAAAGGGGGAAGACAGUCCUCUUUUUUAAAAAAAAAAAGAAAAGAAAAAAAUCAUUCCUCAAAAGGAAUUAAUGCAGAUGUUUGUCAAAACACCUUUUGCUUUUUGUGCAACUGCUUUAUAUUAACCAUACUUUGACAAAUGCUUUGAAAAAAAACCUACUGUAUGUAAUGGAAUUGCAGAAUAUGCUGCACAUGUAUUUCAUUUAGGUACCCUUGCUUUAAGACUGUGGGAUGCCUUUGGCUGACAUGUGGGAGAAAAUCCCAAUCUUUGUUUUCGUUUUGGUAAGAUCCUCCCCCCCCCCCAAGCUUCUAAACUGUAACAUAGUAGGCAGAUUUUUUCCUCCCACCAUUACAGAUCAAAUCACGUUUGUAUCACUUUGUUUCAGAGGUUUUGUUUUUGAGAUUUUCCUGUUUUUUGUUUUUGUUGUUCUUAUGCGAUUUGUUCUUAAAUACUUUCUCUGCCUCUUGUUAUCCCCAUCAUUGCCUAUUUGGGCUACCUUAAGGGAAAAAGGAAAAAAGUUUCAAAAGUUGGUUGUUUUUUUUCCCUGCUGCAGUAAAUACUUUGCAUGAUGAAUUCCAAGAUCACACUUUCAAAGUUUAUCAGUGAAGAAGUGAUUAAUAAUGGAAAGUGUCAAAAACUAUUGAACUUUUGUAUAAAAUGAAAUGCUUUACAAGGUGCCAAGAUGUAAAGACAAUUUGUUACAUGGGUUUUGUUUUUGUUUUCCUUUUUUCUCAAAGAAAAGCAAAUGUGAUAAAAGUAAUACCAGGUAUCAGGUGAAACUGCUGUUAGGAAUGAGUCAAGGCCUACCUUCUUCACCCCCACAGCCCUCCACCGCCUGCUGGGGCCUCCUUCCUUUUCCCUCCUGAACUUGCCUUUGCUGCCAUCACUCAUGUCUGGUCUCCUGCUGUGGCACAGGAGGGAGAAAGAUCUUCCUGAUCAGGUGGAUUCCAAAUGCAGCAGCAGACAUGGAGCCUCCUGCUCUAUUUGUAGAUCUCCAGAUGGCAGGGAAAACCUAUCCCAGUCCCAAGGGUUAGACGUGGCGGAUCAUCCUAAAUAACUUUUCGCCUACAAUAAGAAAGAUCCGCAAGCUGGCACCUCAUUUUGUACAAAGACCAUCCUUUCCUUGGAUUAGGACAGCACAGUUCAAAUGCUUAAAACUUACUGGAUUUCUGUUUUCUACCAAAAGCAGAAGAAAGGAGGAAGAGAUCAAGGCUCAUGCUUAAGGGUUUUGGUUUUUGGUUUUUUUUUUUGAGGGGGGCAGAAUCUCCUUUAGGAGAUUCCAACCAUAAUAUCCAUGAUCAGGGGUGGGAAAAAUAAAUAAAUUGUAUUAUUCUUCAAAUAAUACAGAUCAUUAGAUAUUUUUUAUAUAUAAAUAUAUAUAUAUCUCAAAGUUUUUAAAAAAAUAAUUUUGAAGUAUUGUAGUUUUCAGAAUGCUGACAAGCUACAUUCCUUAUAACAGGGAGAAUGUGUUUUAAACUCUUGGAGAGCUUUUGGUACAUUUUGGUUAACAGACUUGGGUAGAGUUUUUAGAUGUUCCAGAAAUAAUUCCUCAUUCUUAAGUCUUCAGAAUUGCAUUUGCUGAUCUAGUCUACAUUUUUAAACAAAUCCAAUGUAGGUAACAGACUAUCUCCUUCCUAUAAGCCUUGAUAAAAAUGGUACAGUCAGACUGUUAGCAUGGUGCUUCAUGUGUAUGUGCUGCCAGUAAUGAGAUUCUCCUUUUAUUUUAUUUUUAGGCAUACAAAAAACUCAUUCCUUACAUCAACUGUAAUUCCAUCAUUCCAUGUCUGUUGAUGCAGACAAUAAAAUGUUAUGUAGUCAGUACUUAUUACUGACAUUAUAGCAUUCUCUAAUGCAAUAAAAGUGCUGGUUGUUCACACUGGU